AUGCGUGGAAAAUCAAAAUGUGGCCUGGAAAGAGAGGCCAUAACCAAGCGCAUUGGAAGUUCAAAGGAAAGAGCAUUCAUCGGGCUCGGAUGCAGAUACACGGCUAAACCAGCCUUGCUGUGCCAGGGCUACACAGACACCGUCAGUGUACAGCCCUCUCGCCUCUAUUCCCAGGACUGCGAAGAGCUCUGCGCUGAGCGACCUUUGCUCCUGGGCUCGCCGUAUGAGCUGCUAAACCCCACAAACCAGCGCCAGUGUAUCUGUGAAUACCUUUCUAACUGCAGUUCGUGUAUUGGUAAUGACACAGAUGUAACAGGCUGCAAGUGGAUCAGAUGUGAAAAAGACAUGUGUGUAAAUGAAACAGAAGUAGAUUUGAAAUAUCGGACCUGUAAAAUUGGAGAACAGUGUUCUUUUCCUACAGAUGUUCCUCUUUCCAGUACUACUACGCCGUCUUCCAAUACUACUACACCACCUGCCAAUACUACCACAGCGUCUUCCAAUACUACCACAGCCAGUCCUGCUACCACAGCUCAUACUACUAUAGCUAACAUCACCAAUGUAACUACACAUGCUCCUCUACCUACAACUACCAUUACUUCAGCCACCACAACAACCAGUAUUCCAGGUACAAAUGCUACUGUGACUCCUGCACCUUCUCCACGCAAAUCUACAUUUGAUGCUGCAAGUUUCAUAGGUGGAAUUGUCCUUGUUCUGGGUCUGCAGGCUGUUGUUUUCUUUCUGUACAAAUUCUGCAGGUCGAAAGACCGAAACUACCACACGCUUUAGGACCUGCCACUUUAUAAUGGACUAGUAGCCCAACACCUGUAGUUCACUGAACCAAAAUAUUUUCUGUUGCUCGUGGAAGACAGCAGUUCAUAUCCUUUAAAUCUCUAAAAGAAGACUUUAAAAGAAUAUUUUUGCAACAUUAUACUUGGCAAGAGGUGAUACGAAUCUCUUCAACAGGAUUACUUGCAAUAUGCUGCAUGGGUUCUAAUGGCUGUCUUAUUUUCCUUUAGUGGCUGCUGCUGUGGGACUUUUUUUUUAUAUGCCAAAUGUAGACAUUUAGAGAUUCUUAUUCAGUGGCAACACUGUCUUGAGUAGACAAUCUCAUGAUGACUUAUUGUGAAGGCUAAUUUAAUCAACAUUUGAUACAGUAUCCCUUCAGUUUUAUCAAGAUGUGAAUUAUGGGUGACUGACUUCAGGGAGUGAAAUACCGUUUAUACUAGCUUGUGGCUCUUCAGCGUGCUGCUAGAAAGAUGAACAAAAUUGUAGAAGUAGAUAAUGUCUUAACAGAAUAACAUAACCCAUAAUUUUUUUUCACAAGAAUAAAGGUUGCCUGAUAAAAUACUGCAUUCCAAAUAGAAAUCCUGUGCCCUUUCCAAUUAAUGUUGAGAGGGGAUGUAGGGAUAAUCCUUCUAAAAGGGAAAUGAAGAUUAGUGCCUUAAAAGACUAAAAAUCAGUAGGCUGCAAAAGCAUCCCACCUAUCUCAAAGAUAAAUAAAACUAAAUACUGGCUUUAUAUCGGAGAAUGGAAUACCUGUGACUUCAGCGUUCCAGUUUAAAAACUUUUUACACUAAAUAACUGUCCCUUAUUGACCUUGUUUGAGGGUGAGGGUGCAUGGUACAGUGAUGUUCAGCUACAAACAGAAGCUUUAAGUUGUUUACCUCUUGUUCUGGCCUACAAAGACCAACUAUAAAACUAGUGAUAAAAUUCAGUUCACUCCCUGUAUGAAAAGGCAACAGCUUACAUUUAUACUUGAAAUACUGGUGUUUGGGAAAUCCUGAGGUUUUUCUUAUUCAAAUGGUUCUUAAACUCGUCGCAAUUAACUUUGGGGUUUGCGUUUUUUUCUUUUUUACCCUCCUGUAUGUCUGCUUGCUGAAGUAGCAAUUAAGGGUAGUUCAGAGGAUCUGCUGAUUCGAUCCUAGUCAGGAUUGCUGUAGUCCUGGGGCUGCCAGGGCUACGCCUUUUUUCUUUCCCCUCCCUCCUUCCUGGCUUCAGGUUCGUGUCACCCUGCAGUGAACUGGUUAAGGAAAUCUCUUUGGCCAAAUAGUUGGGGUUUUGUGUUCUUCCCCC